AUGGCGUCUACUGAUAUUGCUACGCGAGAGCUCCAGAACCCCGUCGAUGUUGCGGAAUAUCUUUUCCGCCGUCUCCAUGAGGUUGGAAUUCGAGCGAUCCAUGGUGUCCCUGGUGACUACAACCUCUCUGCCUUGGAUUACCUACCCAAGUGCGGUCUUGACUGGGUAGGAAAUUGCAAUGAGCUCAACGCCGGAUAUGCCGCGGACGGUUAUGCACGAGUCAAAGGAAUUAGUGCUCUUAUCACCACCUUCGGCGUGGGUGAAUUAUCCGCUGUCAAUGCAAUCGCAGGUGCAUACUCCGAGUUUGUCCCGAUUAUCCACAUUGUCGGCCAGCCGACGACCAAAUCACAGAAAGAUGGAAUGCUGCUUCACCAUACGCUCGGAAAUGGCGACUUUAAUGUCUUCAACAAAAUGAGCGCGGCGAUUUCUUGCUAUGUUGCCCGUCUGAACGACCCUCACGAUGCCGCAGCCCUGAUCGAUAGCGCAAUUCGCGAGUGCUGGAUUCGCAGUCGCCCUGUUUACGUGACUCUGCCAACCGAUAUGAUCUAUGCCAAGGUUAACGGGGACCGCCUGAAGACACCAAUUGACCUUUCACUGCCUGAGAAUGAUCCCGAGAAGGAGGACUAUGUAGUUGAUGUCGUUUUGAAGUAUCUUCGUGCAGCCAAGAAUCCCAUCAUUCUGGUCGAUGCUUGCGCGAUUCGUCACCGCGUCUUGGAUGAGGUUCACGAUCUAGUUGAAGCAUCUGGCUUGCCUACAUUCGUUACCCCCAUGGGCAAGGGUGCGGUAAAUGAGACUCACAAGAACUUCGGGGGCGUGUACGCAGGCAAUGGAUCCAAUGCUGGAGUGAGCGAAGUGGUUGAGUCCUCGGAUCUUAUCCUCAGCAUUGGAGCCAUCAAAUCCGAUUUCAACACUGCAGGAUUCACCUAUCGUAUUGGUCAGCUGAACACGAUUGACUUCCACAGUAACUUUGUGCGAGUCCGUUACUCAGAGUACCCCGACAUUAAUAUGAAAGGUGUCCUCAGGAAGGUUGUUCAGCAGAUGGGAAAGCUCAGUGCUGCUCCUGCCCCUCCUAUCAACAAUACUCUUCCUCAAAGUGAGCAGUCCUCAACCAGUCAGACAAUUACCCACGCUUGGCUUUGGCCCACAGUUGGUCAAUGGCUCAAGGAGAACGAUGUGGUUCUCACCGAGACUGGUACCGCCAAUUUUGGUAUCUGGGAAACUCGAUUCCCGCCAAAUGUGACGGCGAUUAGCCAAGUACUUUGGGGUAGCAUUGGGUAUGCACUUGGAUCCUGUCAGGGUGCGGCUCUGGCUGCCAAGGAGCUACACAACCGUCGAACCAUUCUCUUUAUUGGAGAUGGCAGCUUCCAGUUGACUGUGCAGGAGAUUAGCACUAUGCUGCGCAACAAGCUCAACCCUAUCAUCUUUGUUAUCUGCAACGAAGGCUAUACCAUUGAGAGAUACAUUCAUGGAUGGGAUGCCAAAUACAACGAUAUUCAGCCAUGGGACUUCGUCAAUAUCCCUAAAGUCUUUGGUGCCCAAGAUGGAUACAAAGGAUACCGCAUCAAGACCAGAGAUGAGCUGCACAAGCUAUUCGCUGACCAAACCUUCCGCGAUUCUGACAGUCUUCGACUUGUGGAGCUGUACAUGCCUCGCGACGAUGCACCCGCCGCCUUGAAAUUGACUGCCGAGGCCGCGGCCGAGCGCAACAAAUAG